AUGCCUAUCAAGACGAUCUCCAAGGAGCUUGUGAGGGAGAUCUCCGCAAGUUAUCCAGACCUCAAGGUCCUCAACCUUUCAAGCAAUGAGUUAGUCAAGAUCGAGAACCUGGAGCCCUUGACGUGCUUGACGAGGCUGAACGUGUCGUCCAACAAGAUCCUGGUCCUGAACAACUUGUGUUCUCUGAUACACCUGAAAGAGUUGUAUGCUUCGAACAACCAGAUCACAUGCGCAAACCUCGAAGGAUUGGCAAGCCUGGAAGUGUUGGACCUCAACUCGAACAGUGUCGAGCGGCUAGAGGAUUUGGUGGGCCUCGGUGCACUUCAGAAUCUCAAGUCCAUACUGCUCGAUGGCAAUCCCGUCGUAGACUCCGCCGAUUAUCAGCAGUUCGAACAAUCUCGCUUCCAACGAGUUGUCGAGCACUCUGAGUCCUUUGGCGAGGCAGGAGACUUUGCUUCAGCUGCCACCAGCGAGAACAAGCUCGACGAUGAUGACAGCUGCAUGCAGUGGAAUGCUCCUGCUCUGAGAAGGCGUGUUGAAAGCGAGGGAUUGGAUGUCCAGACAAGUUCUCUUGUUCAGAUGAAGGCCAACACAGAAGACUCCCCUCCGUGCAAGUGUGAAAAAGGAUGUCAAGCGCGUUGGGAGCAGCAUGAUGUCGGCUGUCAGGCAGACGUCAACGACGAACAGGUUCAGAGGAUGGCGGAGAAGAAUGAUCAACUUGAAAAGGCCCUUCUCCACAAAAGUGAGCUCUGCAACACUCUGGAGGUCAAACUUGAACGAUGCAACCACGAGCUCUCGUGCGAGCGAGCCAGGGUGCGGAGCCUUCAGUCCGACGUCUCUCAGCUGGAGCAGAAGCUGGAGGAAUGUGACAAGAAGGUAGCUGAGCUGUCCUUGGCCCUCAAGGAGAAAUCGUCGGAGGUGCGAAUGUCAAAAGUCGUUGCUGUUGGAUACAAAAUUGAAGCCAUGUGGCAGAUACAGAGCCUGAAAUCCUACAUCUUUACCAAGGGGGCUGAGACUGAGGAGCGAUGUGAGGACUCGUCCUCCUGUCAGAACCGAACUGAGGAGCAUGGGGAGGUGCUCGUGAGAGAGGACUGCGAUGGUGUGCAAGACAGGAUUCGGCUGUUGGAAAUGCAACUUGAAGCCAAUCAAGAGAUUUUGAAGGUGCAGGACAAGUGGAUGUCGGAGUUGGAGAGGAAAACAACUGAAGUGGGCAAGAGCCGCGGAUGGAAAGGCGAAGAAACGCGGGAUGUUGUGAAUGAGUUCUGCACAAAGAUGGUCAAGGAAUGGAGAAGCCAAGUGUUUGCAGUGCUGUUGGAGUUGAAGGCAAGGGAGAACACUUACGAGAUCGAGAAGGCAAGACUCGUCAGGCAAAUCGACGAGAUGACUGAUGAGUUGACAUUGCAACAAUCUCAAAUCGAGAAGUAUCAACAACGAGAGAUCUCGCUCAAGGCGGAGGCGCACUUGCGGUGUCAAGAGAGAGAUAUGGAGAGGCAGAGGGUUGCGACCGCGGAAGAUUCCUUGACGAGGAUGAAGAGAAGCAUCACCACUUUCGAAGAGCAGCAUGGGGAGGUUGCUUCAACCCUGCAAGCUUUGACCUCCAUGUUCAGCAAGAUGCACGAGACGGGUGAGCGAAGCAAGAAGAGCAGACCGAAGAAGUAUCGAGACGAGAUAGAAGCGAUUUUGGCGACCUGCCGCGUGUUCAGCGAGCUGGACGGCAAGUUGACGUCGUUCACGCAGAGGAUCUGCUUCGCUUCCCGUCGCAUUGCUGUUGCUCAAGGUCUCUUCCGAGCCAGAGCGCGAAGAUGGUGCGCUCCUCCAGACCCCGAGCUUCAUAGGCCCGUGAACAAGAGCAGGAGUCAAUUGGCUCAACAUCAGGCUCCUGGUCCGGUCGAACCCGCGGCAGUUGUAGUGUCGGGCAAGUCAGCUGGAGCGCGGAGGGACUGCAUGAGCUGCCUGUCACUUGAUGGAGAAGUGAAGCGACUGCUGGACGAACGAGAGAAGUUGACCGGGUUUGUGCAAACAGCCGACGCGAGGACGGCAAGCAAGGUCAAGGAGAUGCAGGAGCUGAUGUCGAAAGAAGCCGAGCAAGUCAAAGAGGAGUUGGAGAGGGUCAAAUCGUUGUUGAACGAGACCUCUCUGCUCUUGGCCGACGAGCGUCAGAAACUCUCGGCUUGUGAACAGUGCGGGCUGGAGAAGGCGGAAGAGAUCCAACGGCUGGCAAGAGAGCUGGCUGAGAUGAAGAUCUUGCUAGAGGCCCAGCGGGAGCAGGCUACCUUCGACCUCAACAAAGCGCAUGAAGUUGCUGAAGACUCACUGAGAAGGCUGAAGAGCGAGAACCUGCAACUCCAGAAGGAGAACGGGAAGCAUGUUGUGCAUAUCCGACAGGUCGAACGACAACUCUCCUGUCUGCAGGAGAAGACAGACAAGGAAGACCGACUGAAGUUGUCGCUCAUGGAGGACAGACUCUUGGAAACCCAGGAGGCUCUGAAGGAGAUGAGGAAGGAGAGAAACGCAGCAAUGGCCACGUUAAGGAGGAUGCAAAGGGAGGAUGAAGCGAGGCGAUGGCAAGGGAAUGACAGAGGGCUCCAUCGACAAGUAGCAGACGCAGAGCUUGAGUCUGCUCGUCGACAUUCUCCGAGCGAGCGGAAGGACCAAGCAGUUGAGGCACAACAAGUUCUCACUCAACCGCCUGAACAAGUGUCGGGACACGACGAGCGAGCUACAGCAGCCGCCUCUACUGCUCCUGCUCCUGCUCCUAUUGGGGGUAUACCAUCAGCCAAGACAGCAGCACGUAGCGAAGAAGUGGAAUCCAAGGCUUGCUCCCUCCCAUCAAGCUCCAAGAUCUGUGAGGAAGACGUAGAGGAAGACGUAGAGGAAGACGUAGAGGAUCCGCCACCCCAUUCGAAGCUUCCUGAUGACUCGAUCCUGUCAAGUGAUCCCACGCCUCAACGCCACAAAAGCGGAGCGAGUGGGAGCAUGGAAACGAGGCUUGAGAGCCUUGCAGCGACCGCCAAGCUGCUUCUGCUGGAUUGA